AUGCAACCACACCACUCUGACCGUUACAACUUAAGGAGUAAUCUACUUCAAAGCGAUGUCGGAAAUAUAGAUAUCACCAAGGAAACACCUAUAAAUGGACCUGCCCCAGUCCAACAACAACAGCAACAGCAACAACCGCAGCAGUAUUACCCACAGCAACAGAUGCCUCCACAACAGUACCGGAACUACCCUCAACAGCAACAAUUCUACCCGAGAAAUGGCAACAGCAUGUACAUGAACCAGCAACAACAGUACGGUACUAAUAACGGCAGUAUUAGCAAUUUCGGUAGUCCACCGCCAAAACCCAAAUAUGUAUCACACCAACAGAAACAGCCGGACAGGAAGUCGUACUCCUUGACUCAAAAGUCAAUUUCAAACUUCUUCAAACCGAAGGGGAAUAUAUUCCAUAAGAACAAGACUGGGGGUGGUCAAGGUGACUUCGACGACGACGACGAUGACCUCGAAAUAGAUGAGGAUACCUCGCAGGCCAGUCUAUCCUUUAAUGACAUCCAGAAAAUUGGGUUUAAAAACGGCGAUAAGCUCAACGUCACUUCGGACUCGACACCACUGAUCCCUACACUGAUGACAAAGGAACGGAACAGUAAAUCCAACACAGAGUACCGGAAAUACCUGAAUACUCAGAAGAAAUCCGCACUGAACGCAAUGGCACAACAAAGUCCCGUGCAAGGGCCGCAAGUGCAGGGACCUAGAACCAUGUCUUUGCAAAGUGGGCCACCUACCAGGUCGUUCGCGACUUUGGGGAACCCGGAUUUUGCAACAGGGGUGAAUGGACCAAGAACAAACUCACUCAUGACUACUGGGUUACCACCAAUGAACUAUCUCCAGCAACAGCAACAAUUGCAACAGCAGAGACACUCGCAGCAGACACAACAACAGCCAUCGCCGGUCGGGUACGGUCCACCAUUGCAGCAAAAGACGAUGUCAAUGACAGAUAGACGCCCUAACGGAAUGAACAUGUCACCACAAUUACAACAGAACCCACAGCAACAGUACCGUCCGCAACAAUUCCCACCACAACAGUUUCCUCCACAACAGUCAAGGUUUGACCCCUCGCUGUCUCAACAAAGCUUCAAUGGAAGCGGUCACAAUUUAGGGAUAUAUAGACCGGACGCGUCGCCCCACCCGCAGUUUGCGUCGCCCCCUAUGUCAAAUGGUCAACAGCCGAUGCCUUCACCUACGGGGAACAAUAUAAAUGCACCAAGACUCGCCACGCAGCAAUCAGUGAUACCAAACCAGCAGCAGCCACCACCUCCUUCUUCUUUCUCUCCUACACUGAAUGCGAGACCGCAAACUCAUCCUAGUCUAUCAGCAUAUUCUAACUCAAACUCGUCUGACUCCCAAUUUUCCAAUGGUAAUCCUGAACAGAACGCAAACGGCGAAGGUCAAGGUUCCACAUCGAGCGUGAACAAUUCUGAUCCUGAACCUAUCAGACAUGUCACUUCACCAUUGAAGAACCAAGUGGAUACAGCACCGCUGAACACAAUUGAAAUUCCAGAAUUGGCAGUUCCUCCACCGGUAGAAAAGCCCAAAUUAAACGUUUUGAAGCUCUCGAAACCACAACAGGAAGAAAUAAAGUCCAAUGCAGAGGACGAAGUAAAAAUGUUGAAAGAAUUAGGUCGCUCCUCGUUAGUAGCAAACAGUUUGGCUUCGAUGAACUUGGAAUCUAGCAGUAACGGGAGGCAGUCCACAUUUAGUGAUUCUCCUGAAAAGCUGAAACUUCUGCAACAAAAGAGCGGGCUGUAUCAACUGGAGGAGACAACAGACUCGAAAAUUUUCGUGACCGCGGAGGAAUUCCCGGAUGACGAUGCAGGUUCCCCCGUUAGGAAGUCACAGAUUAGGAGAAGUGUUGUAGAACCGGCUUCAAAUCGGAUUUCGAUACACAGAAGUGGGGACAAUAUUACCAAUUUGAAGCACGAGUCGUCCCAUUCGCUGGUCACCAAGGCCACUGUCGGUACCAACAAAAGCAGUAACACCGUUGUUCCGAAACAAAAUAAUAGAGGAAGUACAGAUACCAAGUUUAAGGAGCACGAGAAAGAUGAUUCGUUUGUGUUUGAGAGUAUGGAUCGACCAUACGAGGAUAAUGCAGGGAUCGAAAGGAGACAGAUUGUUAUUUCUGCUGACCAACUUAAUAUAAUCGCUCAAAACAGGAGACUGAUGGAUGAGUUGACACUCGUUUCAACUGAACUGGCCGAGUCGAUUAGAAGGGAGACACUUCUUUUCGAAAAAUUGAAGCAACGCGAGUUAUCCGGUGAGGAAGAACGUAAUGAGAGCAGGGUGUCUUCGAUGUCGUCCUCGUUAUCGCUUGACGACUUCGAGGUGGAAAUGAGGAAAAAAUCCGCGAAGAUCGUAGAACUGAUCCAGUCAUUGAAUGAUGAGAGGCAGAAACGGUUUAUUGCAGAGGAACAGGUUUUACUUCAAGAAAACGGCGUCAAACCAAACUCGCUGGAACUGAUGCAGAAAAUAAAAGACUUGGCAUACAACAAUAGGCGCCAAGAGGACGAAAUUGCAAGUCUGAAGGAGGCCGUGAACAACGAUGGACGAUAA